AUGCAGCGUCUUAUGUCCCACAUUCAACUAGCCCAGGAGCAAAAACCAGACCAUGAACAGGCUUUCUUUAAUUCCUUUUCAGACGAUUCUCUCGGCGGUACAUUUGCGCAGCCACUCGAUGCCGCCACGGUCAUGGCACCCAAACAGGAUACAAAUACAUACAGGGCGACGGCCUCUAUGGCUAACACACCAUCGCGUGAGAACACAAAGCCUGUUCUUUCCGUGGCCACACAAGCCCAUGCGCUCACCCGCUCGAGCUCUGUUCUCUCACAACGUGGUACAGGCAAUUGGGCCUUUCGUCCACCAGCAGAAGAACUGUAUGAGCAGCUUGACGACUUGUUCCCUCGGACCGAUUUAGAUCAGCCCCUCAGUGAGACAUUUGCCCCAUCGCCUUCGAGCAUGUCGACAGAGCCACGCAAGUCGAAUACGUCCCUACAACGCCAUGAAAGCACGUCUAUUCGUGAUAUCGCGCAAAACCGGCGCAAAUUGCUAGAAAAGACGGUGCCAGGGACGACAGUAGUGCCAUUCAACGACAUGCAGCCAGCAAAGGACAAGGAGAAACUGAAUCGCCGACGCAGUACGAAGCUCUGGGGCGGUCGGAUGGUCGAGAUGCAGAACAACGGCACGGAAUCGGUGGGUGUUGUGCCGGCGGGCGGGGCGACGCUCAUUGCUGGAGAUCGGCCCAUUUUCAAAUGGGUCAAGGGUGAUUUGAUUGGCAAAGGCACCUACGGGCGUGUCUACUUGGCCCUCAAUGCGACCACCGGUGAGAUGAUUGCUGUGAAGCAGGUAGAAUUGCCACGCACAGCGGCAGAUCGCGACUCGUCUCGUCAGCGCAAUCUAGUGGCUGCACUCAAGUCGGAAAUCGAUGCACUUAAAGACCUGGAUCAUCCGAAUGUGGUGACAUGCUUGGGUUUCGAGGAAAGCUCUGAUACACUGAGCAUUUUCUUGGAGUAUGUCCCUGGUGGGUCCAUUGGCAGCUGUCUCCGCCGGCAUGGUCGCUUGGACGAAGCGACCACGAGUUCGUUCCUGAACCAGACGCUACAAGGCCUGGCGUAUCUGCACAAAAAAGGCAUCCUGCAUCGCGAUUUGAAGGCUGACAAUUUGCUGGUGGAUUACUAUGGCACGUGCAAAAUUUCUGAUUUUGGCACCGUGCGACGCAGCGAAGACAUUUAUGCUAAUGUGGAAAACAUGUCAUUGCAAGGCAGUAUCUUUUGGAUGGCCCCCGAGGUGGUGAGCCUCUCAUCCAAGGGGUACAGUGCCAAAGUAGACAUUUGGAGUCUGGGCUGUGUUGUGUUGGAAAUGCUGGCAGGUCGUCGUCCUUGGUCGGACGAGGAAGCCGUACAGGCGAUGUUCAAGCUGGGCGCCGAACGUCGUGCACCACCUGUGCCCUCCGACGUAACCCUGUCCAAACCAGCGGCCCACUUUCUGCGCAAUUGCUUCGAGAUCGACCCGGAUCGCCGGCCUACCGCGUCGCGCUUAUUGGAGCACGUCUUUGCGUGGCCGCCUCCAGACUGGCGCUUUGAGGACAGUGCGCUCUUCCAGGCCUUGGCGCCGCCCGCUUCGUAG